AAUCGCGUGAAAGCAGGUUACGCUCGCACAUGCGCAGGAGCAGCAGAGUAAUUUGUUGAUACCCUGCCUGGUAGUAUUUAUAUAAUUGUUGCUAUUUCAAAGGCUGAAAUCACCCCUCGCGUGGGGAGUUGUAUCAGCACGCGAGCACAGUGAUCUAGCAGCUUCUCUAUAUGAAGGGCUGAUGGAAGACGCACGGGAUCUGGCUGAACGCACCCCACGUUCAGAACGUAAGCGGAGAGACUCGUUCGGGAUGUUUGAUGGCUAUGACAGCUGCAGUGAAGAGUCCACCAGCAGCUCCAGUUCCGAGGACAGUGAGGAUGAGGUGGUACCUUCCAUCCCUGUCAGCCUGCCCAUUAUCAAGAACAAUGGUCAAGUCUACACAUACCCCGAUGGCAAGGCUGGAAUGGCCACUUGUGAGAUGUGUGGGAUGGUCGGAGUACGAGAUGCUUUUUACUCCAAAACCAAGCGCUUCUGCAGUGUGUCGUGUUCGAGGAGUUAUUCCUCUAAUUCCAAAAAAGCUAGCAUCUUGGCUCGACUACAGGGCAAACCACCAACGAAAAAGGCAAAAGUCUUACAGAAACAGCCUCUCAUGGCCAAAUUGGCAGCUUACGCCCAGUACCAAGCCAGUCAACAGAACCAGGCGAAACCAAAAGCAGUGGUCCCAGCAGAGAUUUUUGACUGGGGUCGGUACAUCUGUAGCAAUAACACAGUCGGAGCGCCAGUCAGCUGUUUCAAGCAUGCCCCUAUGGGGACAUGCUGGGGAGACAUAGAAGAAGGUGUUAGGAUUGAAGUGCUCAACUCUGACACCAGUCUCUCCACCAAGGUAUACUGGAUAGCAGAAAUCAUUAAGCUAGCAGGGUUCAAGGCUCUCCUGCGCUAUGAGGGUUUUGACAACGACACCAGUAAGGACUUCUGGUGUAAUCUCUGUAUCCCUGAGGUUCACCCAGUGGGAUGGUGCGCCUCAAGUGGGAAACCCCUUGUACCUCCAAAAAGCAUACAGCAUAAAUACUCUAACUGGAAAGCCUUUCUUGUAAAGCGUCUUACUGGAGCUAAAACACUGCCACCUGACUUUAAUACCAAGGUACAUGAGAACACGCAGUUCCCCUUUAAAAAGUUGAUGCGGGUGGAGGUGGUGGAUAAAAACUACCUGUGCCGGACGCGGGUGGCGCUGGUGGAGCAGGUCACUGGAGGUCGCCUCAGGCUGGUCUACGAAGAGAGCCAGGACGGAUCUGAUGACUUCUGGUGCCACAUGUACAGCCCCCUCAUCCAUAAUAUAGGCUGGUCACGAAGCAUUGGACACCGCUUCAAACGAUCUGAUAUUUCAAAGAAAAUUGAGGGUCAAGUUGAUGCUCCUGCUCAGUUCUUCCAGAAGGUAAAAGAUGUGGACCAGAGUGGGGACUGGUUCAAAGAUGGGAUGAAGUUAGAAGCCAUUGACCCCCUCAAUCUCUCAGCUAUAUGUGUAGCCACUGUAAGAAAGGUUUUGGCAGACGGGUACCUCAUGAUCGGGAUUGACGGUUCGGAGGCAGUGGACGGAUCAGACUGGUUCUGUUACCAUGGCGCCUCCCCCUCCAUCUUUCCUGCCGGCUUCUGUGAAAUCAACAACAUUGAACUCACGCCCCCUAGAGGGUUUACUAAACUACCAUAUAAAUGGUUUGACUACCUCAGGGAAUCAGGAUCAAUAGCUGCUCCUGUCAAGCUUUUUAACAAGGAGGUUCCCAAUCAUGGUUUUCGACCCGGCAUGAAGCUCGAGGCUGUUGACCUGAUGGAGCCGCGGCUUGUGUGCGUUGCCACAGUGACAAGAAUAGUGCACCGGCUACUGAGGAUCCACUUUGACGGCUGGGAGGACGAGUAUGACCAGUGGGUGGACUGCGAGUCACCUGACCUCUACCCUGUGGGCUGGUGUCAGCUGACGGGCUACCAGCUCCAACCCCCUGCUUCUCAGAGUAACAGAGACAUGCCUCAGUCUGUGCCCAAGCAGAAGAAAAAGGCCCAGCAGUACAAAGGGCAAAAAAAAAAGAGGAAGAUUCCGGUUGGUCGACGGCCCUUCAGUCAGGCAGGCAGGAGGAGGAGCAGCUUCUCAGGGGACGAAGAGCAGAGUCCGCCCCCUUACCCUGCCCAGGGGCCAGCUCGGCCCCGGCCCCGAACCCACCUCCACCAAACCCACAAAUCAGAGUCUCUCCUGCGCAUGAAGGAGGAGGCAGCUGAGGUGGACGAGUUCACCUUCUCACAGGGCACAUCCGACCAGGAAAGCAACGGCUCGGGCAGCUACUACAUCAAACAGGAGCCCUGAGGUUACAUGGUCGGGACAGAGCGGGACAAACUCGGAACAGGACGGACGUCUCGAAAACCUCAGCAGGAUCAGGAACAAGUCAAACUAGCCUCAAAUCACACUCGUAGACCAAUGCCAGCAGGCCUUCAAUGGAGUCAGUACAGGAGAUGAUAAAGAGCAGAAGAUGGUCAUGCUUCUGAAAAGUCCUGAAAGAACAUCCCGCUUAGACAGUCUUCUAACAUUGUAGCUGUGUGUGCAAGUAAUAUCCCAUGGAACCCGUUUCAGGGGUUGGAAAUAGUUGGGCAUUUUCUUUCGUGCCACCGUUGGGUGCCGCAACAUCGGCUUUUUCUCCUCUCCUGUCUGAAACGUCCGACCACACAAGAUAUAUUUGGAUGGAUUCAAAAUCAGCCUUUUUCCCCACAGAGAUGGAGGGUCGACAUGCGCCCGUCCUGCCUUCGCCACAAUCUGGGCCACGCACAGAGACCUGUAGAAACUGUGAGAACCAUUUAUUGAGCCAGGUCCUUUGUUUAAUUUUUGUUUUUUUGUAUAUAUAUACGCACACUCACACAAAGACACACACACACACACACACACUUAUAGGACAGCACAUAUAUAAAUAUACAUAUAAAUAUAUAUAAUUUGGUUGGGUUUGGUUGGUGUUCAGGUUUAUAAAUUGCAGUUGGUGAGAGUCACCCACUGAGCAGCCUGAGGAGAUAAGAAAAGAGAGGCUGGCAGAGACAGGAGCAGAGUUGUGUAUAUUUUGAUUAUUUUCAAAUUGCCAGGUGGACUUUAACUUCAUUGAAAGUACUUGAAGUUUUUUCUUUAUUUUGUCCUUUUGUAAUGAUGUGUGUCUUAAUGUUCCUAUUUUUGCAUUUACAUUUUUGGUGGUUGUGUGGGAAAUGUAACGUGCGUUGUUUCACAGAAGUGAUUAUAUUCAAAUAGUAUGUGAAGACCUAUUAAAAUAGAAUUAUAGAUCAAGGAGUGUGAUUGGAAGACAGAUCCCAGUACACCGCUGCUUAGCAUUAAUGAUGUUGAAGAUUUCUGCAGCUACAUUUAUUUCCGAGUUCAAACAUUACAGAACCAAAGUCUGAUUCAAGAUACAUGAUAUUACUCACAGCAGAGUUUGAGCCCACAGGUUUAAUCAAAUCCACCAAAACUACCCGGAUGACGCAAAACUCAAACUAGGGCGUGUGACAAGCAUAUUGUCAUUAUCAUGUAAUUUAUUUAUUUAUUCACAUUUUUUGAUGAAUCCUUUAGAAAACAAUGAAAAUGCUUUUCACUGUUUUCCUUCCUUUCUAAGAUCAGUCACAAGAUGCUUUGUUUUCUGCCGCUAACCUUCCCAAAUCUUUCACACUGAGCCAUAUUCUUACAUUUGAAAAGCAUUAACAAUGGCUUUGGAAAUAAUUUAUUUAAAAGUCUUUUUAUUGAAAUUUGUUACUCCUAUUAAAUCUCAAUUUACAAAUUGUCCCCAUUUAUAACCUUCGCAUAAAGCCACACUCGGAACCCUUAGGAGGAUUACGUUUUUUAUAUUGAUUACAUUGCAUUGCAACUUUGACGGAAAGUUAUAUAACAUAUCUUAUGCAGUUAUUGCAGAAACUCAUUCUUGCCAUUGUUUCUUAUAAGUUAGGUAUUGAAUACAGAAAUCCUCCUUCACAUUCCACUUCUCUUUCAUUAAAUCUGUACAGUCUAUAGAUGUUGUUAUUCCUAAGCUACACAAAGUGGGUAUUGUGGGGGAAAUCUGUUAUUUUUUGUAUUACUACAUUUUGAGCAACUGUAAAUCAUCUGUAAACACAACUUCACACAACCUCUCCUUCUACGUGCAGCUGCUAAACCUGCCUGUUUGUUACAGUAGAACACAUGAGGCAACAUAAGCUAAAUGAAGCAAAAAAUUAUCUCAACAUGUUCUGUGAUGUCAAACAGCUUCGAGGAGCUUCAGGGACCUAUCACAGUAAAUCCCACAUUACCACUGACUGUGGGUUUGUGACCUCUUGUAGCAAGAAUUCAGCCAUGCUAAUGAGCCUGGGCUUCUUCCUCUAUAUUCCUCUAUACAAAACUCAAAUCUAGCAUAAAUGUAUCAUUUAUCAUUUUUGAAUAAAUCAGGGUCUUUGCGCUGUAAUGUUGAACAGAAAUGAUGAAGCUGUGGAGAUGAAAAGCUUUUUUCAUUUAAAAAACAACAAAAAAAGUCACCGUGGUUUAAAAGACAGAAUAAAUGAGAAACAACUUAGCGUAGUGUGACUGUUAGUGAACAGCAGGGUAUGUUGUCUAAAAGAGAAACCUUACUGGUAUGAUGAGGGUCAUUCUCACUGCCCAACCCGACAAUAUGUACUUUGACCUUCACAGUUUUUGAUAUCGCUGCUGUUAGAGGCCGACCUUCGUUGGCCUCGUGUAUCAGCCAGACUGUGCAGCAUAUUACAGUGUAGUGUUGUGGUGGUUCAUCUUCUCUUACUUUCAUAGGUUGCACUACACCAGUGAUUCAUAUUGGAGAUCCACAUGUUUUUCUGUUGUGUUCUGGACCAUUUCUGCUGUGUGUUACCCUGUCUGUCUGGAACUCCUUCUGCUUAUGGAGUCUCAGGUGUGCCACCGGAAUAUUUCUAAACGUAUCCACUGUUUAAUUGUAAUCAUUUAAUACAUUACUAAAUAUAAACCUAUAUAGAUAUAUCAUUUGUAUUUGUAUUUAGAUAGAUGGAUAAAAAAACUAAAACAAUUGAUAGGUAAAAUCUUUUUUAAUCCAAAUGCUGAACCCACAAACCCCAAUUAGCCAGUUGGCAUGUGACACUGGCCAACUACCUGGACCCUUUGCCUCAGUGUGGGUUGAACUGUGUGAUAAUAAGAUAAAACAUUAGAUUACAUGGGUUAAGUUCUAAUAAAUAAAUACAUAUAACGGGGAGAGAAUUAAAAAAAAAAAAUGUAAUUAUUUAAAAUUAAAUAUAAAUUUUAAUUAGAUUAGAUUAGUAAUUAAUUUACUCCACUUUGAGUUUUUUUGCAUUAUUUAAAUGUAAAUUUGUUUCAGUAAUAGCUUUAUAACAUUUCUGAACAAUAGUGAAAUAUGAUUAAACACGGAAAUGUGGCACACUCGAGACUCCAUACCUUAGGUGUUUGUAGCAUCAAACUUUGCUUUCUGUCAGAGAACUCUGAAGUUGGGCUGUUAUGUUCAGAGAACAGGAAAAUCUGCCUCAUUCCAACAGUCAACAUCAUCGAGCAAUUUUGUCCAUAUACGGAAAAAGAGUAUGUAGAAUAUUUCAUUAGCGUAAUAUGCAAAACAUGAGGGUUAUUUUGUAUCGUUGCGGUUGUUGUCAUGUCAGAGCCUAACGUAUGCAAGCUAGUUUAUGAUUCACCUGAUCCACAGAAUAACAGGUUUGACUUUAGUGGAAAAUGAACGAUGAUGCACUGCUUUUCCAACAGUCUCUGAAGGCAGCAUUCACUUAAAACAGGAGCUGGCAAAAAAACUUAGAUUAUCUCUAUAUAUAUAUAUAUGUCAAUAUAUGUAUGUAUAUGCUUGACUAUGAUGGUAUAGAGUAAAAAAUCCGAAAAGUCAGUAAUUACUGCUUGGCCGUGGAAAUGACGAGACUCCUUCUCUUUCAUUCUUCUUAGAGCUAGACUUCUGCAGCUGUUUAUCUACUACCUCCUGAUGCUAGCCACAUUUAGCUAAAAGUGUGUGAAAUAUUUGUUAGCAUAUGCAAAUGAAAAAUGAUUACCUAAAUACGCUCCACUUGAAGACUAGACACCAAACAAGGAAGAAACUUUUUAUCAUAGCACAUGAGGUAGUCUUCUAAUUUGAAUGAUAUGCAAUAGCGAUAGAUCCAAUAUUAUUUUGCUACGUUGAAUAAAAAACGUAUAGCACCCACAAAUGUUAUGAUCACUACAUUAAUAUAAUUAACAGAUGAGAUAAUUUAACAAAAUGGUAUUAUAAAGCAGUGGUUUUUGUGAGCAGAGGUGCAUACACCGAAAAGUGACUGUAUGGCCAAGGUAUUGACAUGAAGAGCAGUUCUAAUCUUUUCACUGAAACGAUCCAUAAUUUCUCUUUCUACCAGUAAGGUUCAUAAUUCAGUUCUCAGGAAGUUGGUAUUUCUUUUCUGUGUUGUAAAUGUUGUAGCAAGUCUGAAUCAGCUCAAUGGUCUUUUCAUGAUGUGCGUCUUGUGUGGAAGCAAACAAGAGCCAGAAUCACCACAAUGUUGAAAGCAACAGAAAAUUGUGGAGUUCAACCACAACUUGAUUCUUAAUGUUUGAAAUGUAGUUACCACUGAAUUUCUAGCAUUGAAAAAUGUGACUCUAAUAACACUUGUGAAAUUUCUACCAGAAUAUUAAAAAAAAUUGUUUCAUUGAAUGUUUUAGGAUUCAGAUAGAAAUGUUUGUUCAUUUUUUGAUAACUCAUGUUUUGAAUUUUAAAUUGUGUGCACACAAAUGAUCAUCUUGAUCAAGAACAAAAUCUGUUUAAAAAAAACUUCAGGGAUACCCUACAAUUGAAUUUGUGUAAGUUUAAAAUACUUUUUUUCUGACAGUUAGAAUUUGUAUUUGAAUUCCAUAGGAAUUCAAAUCGAUAAAAUAUCUGAAUAAUACAAAUUCAGUGGCAUUUCAAAUUUUUUGUGCUGAGUAAUGGUUAAAUUUCACAAUAAGGUGUUAAGUUGCGUAAAAGAUUAUAUUUAUCAAGGUGCUUGUUUGUUUCUGUGCCUUUCAAACAACAAAGGUCUUAUCUUACUUUCCAUUUCACGUGUUCAUGAUGAAUUCUCCAUUUGAGUGACAACAAAAAAAACACGGAUGCUGUUUGCCUUUUGGUUUAAUCUGCCUUUUGUAGCUUGUUUUCCUCUAAUUUCCUAAAAGAAUAUGGAAUUUAUUUCUACUAAUUUUUUGAAUUUGUCUCCUGAUCUGAUUGAAUACAAAGCUCGGCUGAAUCGCUGCGCUCCUAAGACCAAAUGAGCAAUAAAAGACAUUUUACUCACAAUCAUUAGAAGGAGGUCAGCUUAAAGCUAGGAUCUGGAGUUACUUUUAACUUAUGUCAGAGGGCAGAAGGACACACUAGUGUACUUAACGACAAAACUGCAUUAAUAGCUUAGAUAAAUAAAUAAAAAAAACGACUGUUGUAUGGACUAACUGCUGCUACCCUUCCCCAGACUCUCCCUAAUUAAUCAAAUGCACAAUCAGCACCAUUUUGGAUCUUCUGUUUCUUACUUUCCCUUGUAGAUAUUCUUGUUUCACCAUUGAUCCCCAAAUCUAUCAGUGGAACAUGUUUGACCUUUAUCCACGGGUCCCUGUGUAUUUAGAGUGUUUGCUCAUCAGUAGCUGGACAUGGAAGCAAUUGUGGAUCCAUUUUUUAUGUGGGAUUGGGUGCACUGAUCAACUGAAUGCAUGUAGAACAGAGCUCAUCGUGCUUACUUACUUAUUUUGUCGUGACCAUUUAUUUGUUGGACUUCAGUUUGUCUCCUUGUUUCCUCUUCCACUGUGAACAGGAAGCUUUAGAAGCCUUUUUCCACCAAGAGUGAAGGACAAGAUUGUGAGAUACAAAGUAAAGAUUGAACUCACAGAAGCAAAAUUCUUGUAGUUAAUCAAAGAUAUAUUGUAAUGAUUUUGACUUUAUAUUCCAGAUUAACAUAAUUUUGACCUACGAUCAUCAUUUUUGCUUAAAUUAAAAACGAUUAUUGUUCAAUUUUGUUCUUAUAUUUGUGUCUCUAAUAUUAUGGUUGAACUCACGACAAUAAUUUUGGCUGGCUAUCUCUUAAUUCUGGGUUAUUAGGUCAAAACAUUGAUCAAAGUUUUGGCUUUAAUUUGGUUUUCUUAUGAUCUGAAAAAGUUUUAAUAAUUUCUAUAAUAAUUUUGUUUCCAUAACUCCAAAUUCUUACGAAUCACAUAGAUGACUCAAAUUUUUAUUUACGAUGUCCUUACUUUGAAUUACCAUGAAUAAUCUUAUUUUUACCCACCAUUCAAUUUAAUCCCCUCCCCCUGGUGGUGAUAGGCUUCCAUCAGCAGCUCUCAGUUGUAGUUACAGGGUUGUGGCUCUGUCAGAUGGGGGCAGUGAUGAGGAGCAAACUGAAGUUAAUAUUAGUUUUUUCUUGGAUACUAACACGGGUCUUUUGUAUGUGAUGGUCCCCCUCUAAUUAUAUUAAACCAUUAUAUUGUGGUGCUAUAUAUAUUUGAUAAAAACGACUUAAUGUAUUGGGAUUACUAUUGUCUGAAAAUACUUGUGAAUUGAGAGGGUUAUGGUGCAAAAUUUAUUUUGGAUACAAAUGAAAAAUAAUCUAUGUUAAUAGUUAUAAAUCUAUUGAUAUUAACACUGACCCUUGAGGUACAUUAGAUUGCAGUUUAAAGUUUGUAAAUCUUUUUGAUAGUGUGUACUAGUUUCCUUUCAUAUGGUAAUAUUUGUGCUGUGAUCAAGUUUUGAUAGACUUUGUAAAUAAAGCCAAAUGUUUGGAUCAUAGUAUUGGUUGUAAUGGAUGGCUUCUUUGUUUACAAGCGUUGCAAACAGUUUCCGCAUGGCUGUGAAAGUUUAUCUGGUGAUUUUUGUAAGAUCUGACUUUUACACUGAAUAAAAAAGGCUUAUGACUACAAA